UCUUGUCUAUUAAAAAACACCAACCACACGCCAAUUAUACCACUUUCUCUUAGCAACACAACAUAACACACUCCCUGAAACAUGACCGGCGACCGGAGAUACUUCUGUUACAAAGAUGUCCUACCGUUCGCCGCCAUGGUCACCAUGGAGUGCACCAACGUUGGACUCAACACCUUGUACAAAGCCGCCACUCUCCGAGGAAUGAGUUACCAUGUUUUCAUCGUGUAUUCGUAUGCUGUCGCCGCCUUUAUCCUUCUUCCUGCACCCUUCUUCUCCUCCAGAUCGCGGGUGCUUCCGCGGGUGAAUAUAUCGAUCGUUAGCAAAAUCGGGCUUCUGGGAAUCAUCGGGUGUACGUCACAGAUUAUGGGAUAUACUGGAAUUAUUUACAGUUCGCCAACACUGGCUUCGGCAAUUAGUAAUCUUGUUCCUGCUUUUACCUUCAUUCUUGCCGUUAUUUUCAGGAUGGAGACACUAUCUUUUUGGAAAAAAAGUUGCCGUGCAAAAUUAGUGGGCACAAUUGUUUCCGUGACGGGUGCAUUUGUUGUGACACUUUAUAGAGGGCCCAGGCUUAUUUGGGCUCAGUGGUCUAAUUCACCAUCGGGUAAUCUUGGUACUUCACAACCCAAUUGGGCUCUCGGUGGCCUUUUUCUAACCUCUGAGUACAUUCUGGUCCCCUUAUGGUACAUAGUGCAGACGCAAAUCAUGAAGGAGUAUCCAGCAGAAUUGACAGUGGUGUUCUUUUACAACUUAAUAGUUAGCCUUUUGGCUGCAAUUGUGGGGGCUUUUACUGAACCAGAUUCAAGUGCUUGGCGGAUCAAGCCCGAUAUAGCCUUAGCCUCGAUUUUGUGUUCGGGUGUGCUUGGUUCAUGCUUGAACAACAGUGUCCACACAUGGGCAUUGCGCGUAAAGGGGCCAUUAUUUGUGGCAAUGUUUAAACCGUUAUCGAUUGCUAUAGCAGUUGCCAUGGGUGUUAUGUUCCUAGGGGAUGACCUUUAUCUUGGAAGUGUGAUUGGAGCAACCAUAAUAUCGAUUGGGUUCUACACGGUGAUGUGGGGCAAAGCACAAGACGAUGAAGUUAUGAACUUGGAUUCGUCUUCGAUGCCAAAAUCGCCGUUGUUGCAGUACAAGGAUGCGGAUGAUGUGGACGUCGAGAGAAGUUAAAGUAAAACCGUGUUACUAAUAUAAUGUUUAGGUUGAAUGGUACCAUUGUAAAUGAUUUAGAAGCUACAUGUUGCAUAUCUUUUUCCUUCUGUUGAAAAACAAUUGAAGUGUAAAAAUUUUGAUGGAAAAAAAAAUCUUCAACCUUU